UCGCGUAGUGCAGAGGCGCGAACAGCUUCCGAUUAUACUCGAUUCCCCUUGAGGAAACGAACCAUUGAAACAAAGAAGGCAUCCUCUAUUCGCGCUCUAGGGCUCAAGCCGAGUAGCUUUACGUGCGAAUGGUUGUGACUCUACUGUAGCUUCAACAGGUUGCCAUUAUCGCAGACUGUUACUCGGCCCAUAAUAUCGCGGGGCUUCUCCAGUGCGGUUUAAAUUGCCGACAUUUAUUCAUGGCAGCAACGACGAGAGCAAUUACACCAACUCAUUCGGGCCAUUUUACAUCGACAAGUGCAGCUCCUUCCACACCAGACUCGAUCAUAUCUGCUUCACAUUUGCUUUCGAACGAGGCGAAACCAGCCUCCGAUCCCCUGAACUCGAUCACAACCGGUUCUAUCUCAACUUCGAUUCAAUCCACAUUAUCUCCGAAAACGGCUGGAUUUAGUCGAUUCUCCCCAAUGCCUUUAACAGGCGCGCCAGCGAUGGAGGACGAACAUAGACGAGAGCAACAGGCUCAAGAGCGAGCGCGACAGAAAAGUCCCAACGCAAACCUUGAAGGCGUCAAUGCUCUCAUAGGACAUAAUGCGACGAAACCCUCGGAUGUGUCGGAUUCCGCGACGACUUCAAUUGAGCCUCUCAUUAAAGUGGCGAUAGCUGCAGAGGGCGCUCAAAAUGAGCAGGAGUCGCACCCGACGAACAUAGAGGGACUCACAACCACUGCUCCGGCGACAACAGCGGGAGAGGCCAUCUCUGUAGAGGCAUCCGUCACCGAUCCGGCCCUGGAGACUCCCCAGGGCAAGAUCUCUGGAGACAUGCUUCCGCCAAGUGCACAGACUGACCACUCUGCUCGCGCACACACAUAUCCCAGUCCAUUCCCACCAGAUUCAGAACAGCGGGGUCCUCCCCGGAAUAUGUCCCUUCCCGUGGCUGGGUAUAAUCCGAACAGCCCGAAAUCCCCUUCAACCAAACGACACAAAUGCCCCUACUGCUCGACCGACUUUACGCGGCAUCACAACCUCAAGUCCCAUCUUCUCACUCACAGCCAAGAAAAACCUUACGAAUGUAGCACCUGUCAAGCUCGAUUCCGUCGCCUUCAUGAUCUUAAGCGCCAUACGAAACUUCACACGGGAGAGCGACCUCACACAUGUCAGCGAUGCGGACGCAAAUUCGCUCGCGGGGAUGCGCUUGCCCGACACAACAAAGGACCGGGUGGAUGCGCAGGACGUCGCACGAGCUUCACAAUUUCUGGUGAAGACGACAGCAUCAUGGAGGGACUGGAAUAUCAUCACCAGCAAACUGCCGAGCCGGACGGUAUGGACGAAGAUGAAGAAGGCGCACCCGACCGUCGCCUUUCCGAAUCCGGUCCAAAGCACGUUCGCGCACCUUCCACGGAUGAAUUUGGUCGUCUACAUCCAGGAAGCAGCUACCCACCUCCACCAAAUGCUUUGGUCAGCAAUGCUUCAAUUUCUCCCGGCGGAAGCGGCAUCUAUCCAGCACGCCCACAUGACCCCUCUUCCAACGCACGAGAUCCUUCUAUUCACCCUUCAUUCCCACCAGGUCACCAAUCAUCGGUCUUCUCCCAAAGCAUGAUCGACUCUCCAAGACCCCUCUCUCCCGGCCAGGUUGCUGCUUCUCAAACCACGACGUCCACAGAUCCGGCGCGAAACAAUAUGUACGCGCGGUCGACCAACGGUAGCCAAGGCUUUCCACCCCCUUCUACCAUCGCGGGGCCAAGUAGCGGCAAUAAAGCCGCAUCCGGACAACACCUUCCUUCGAUCUCAUCCCUCGGCUCCACGUCCGGUCCAACCGACCCACGAAUUCUUGCCGCUUCCACCGGUCCAGUGUCGAAUCCAUCCAGCAUGUCAAGUCACGGUGCGGCGAGCAGUGGGGCCAGCCUUCGUGAGCUGAUCGGCGCGACCAGAGACGAUGCGGCGGUUCAAGGGAUGAUGAACGGGAAGAUCCAAGAGUUGGAAACGCGGAUGGCGCGGAUGCAGGAGGACUACGAAGGACGGAUCAAGGGUCUCACACAAGAGAUUGGGGAACUCAAGCGGCAGUUGAGUGAGAGGGAUAGAGGUCGGUGAUAGCGUUAUUGCACAAUAUCUUUCCAUUUAUCCAUCUACAGUUACUGGAGUCGGUCGGGACGGUUAAACGGACGAAUCAGUACGAUCCGGCGUCACGAAAGGGUUUCUGGAGAGACUCCAUGCACACGG